AUGAUGCAGCAACCCAGCGCAUCCUUCACCUCUGAACUCAUCCACGCAUCCCUCGUCGUCGCCAACAACUCUUGCUCCGUCGAAGCAUUCAACAACAGCAUCAAUAACAACAGCAGCGGGGACAGGAAAAUUCGGUCGACAAGCAUUGUAGUUGGCCCCAAGAUGUCCGAGACGACGUUGGCGAACCUGGAAUACUCUAUCCAUGCCUCGCCAAGGCGGAUGACAAGGGAUUUGGCCACCGUCUUCCCCAACAAGGAUCUCUCGGGCCUGUUGGUCGUCCCUACUUUUCAAAAAUGCAAGAAUGACAUGGUUGCCUGGGAUGAAGAGAUUGCCAAGGAAAAGGACGACCGCCUGGACGACUUUAUUCGAUGGUCGAAAGCCAUUCACAGCAGCUUGGAAACGUUGGGCUACUGGUCCGAUAUGACUGAUCCCGCCUCGGGGUUUCCGUCAUUCAGCGAACGUGGUCGGGAUGUGUAUCCAGACGUCGAGGGUUGUCAAUUGCUGCUCAAAUAUGAUUUCCAGAACGCAGGCUGCUGUAAGAUCCUCCUCCACCCUAUCUGGGGCAGCAAGAUCUACCCAGCCACGUUCUUUACCACCGCACCCGUUGACAUCCUUGUCAAGGUCAUUUCGCAGGUUGAGCAGGAGCAUUCCUUGUCCAAGCCUUUCUCUGCAUGA